CCCCUCUCAACCAAACAGACCCUUUUCUGUUUGUGGCAUACGGCAAAAACAUGACCACUUUCGAAGAGAUUCUGGAGGAGGCUGGCACAUUCGGCCGCAGCCAAAUACGCAUUUUUUGCACUUUCUGUCUGGUCUCCAUACCGUUUUCUUUCGUCUAUGUGGGGAUUGUGUUUCAGGGGUUCACGCCUGAGCAUUGGUGCCGUGACCCGGGUGUUAGUGAAAUUCGGGAAAGAUGCGGAUGGAGUCUUCAGGAUGCGCGCAGGGUGACCGUAUCCUUGAUGAACGGAUCUUCAGGAGCGUCCUACAGUCAGUGUGGGAGAUUUGACGUGGAUUGGAACGCAACCGGACUGAGCUGUGAAAAUCCAGCUGGGAAUUUUAGCCAGGCUCAGCUCUCUGUAAUGCCAGUGAUGGGUUGUGUGGAUGGUUGGGAGUAUGACUAUGAAGGGAGGCAGUCGUUUGUCACUGAGUUUGAUCUGGUGUGUGGAGACGCCUGGUAUGUUGACAUGUUCCAGGCCACGCUCAGUAUUGGCUUCCUUGUGGGCAGCAUUGCAAUCGGAUAUCUGGCAGACAAAUAUGGGAGGAUGAAGAGUUUCCUGAUGACCAACUUCUUCAUUGGAGUCACAGGGAUUCUGGUGGCCACGUCUCCCAAUUACAUCUCCCUGCUGGUGUUCAGAGCUCUCUUUGGAUUUGGGGUGAAGGGCGGCUGGAUGGUUGGAUACGUGCUAAUCACAGAGUUGGUUGGUGUUGACCACAGGAGGACAGUUGGAGUGACCUAUCAGUUGUUUUUUAGCAUGGGGAUUCUCAUCCUUCCUCUCCUGGCCUACUUCAUAACAAACUGGCGCUGGUUACAGGUGGUCUUCACCGUACCUUACAUCUGCUUCCUGACUUACUAUUGGUUCAUCCCCGAAUCACCACGAUGGCUCCUUACCCAAAACAAGAUAGCUGAAGCAGUGGAGAUCACCAAAUCAAUAGCCAAAGAAAACAGGAAGACGCUGUCCAAGAAGAUUGAGACACUGAAGGAUGAAAACAUCGACUCUGGCUCAACUGCGUCUUUCAUGGACCUGUUCAAGACUGCCAAACUGAGAACAUACACAUUCAUCCUCAGUUUCAACUGGUUCACCAGUGCCGUGGUUUACCAGGGCCUCAUUAUGAGGCUGGGAAUCCUGGGAGGAAAUGUAUAUGUGGACUUCCUCAUAUCUGGAAUUGUGGAAUUGCCCGCCGCUUUCCUCAUCCUCCUCACUAUUGAGCGGAUCGGCCGACGACUUCCAUUUGCGACUGCGAAUAUUGUGGCUGGAGCGGCUUGCUUGAUCACAGCAUUCAUCCCCGACAGUAUGUUCUGGUUAAAAAGCGCUGUUGCUUGUGUUGGACGGCUGGGUAUCACUAUGGCUUUUGAAAUGGUAGUGUUUGUGAAUACCGAACUAUAUCCUACUGUUAUCAGAAAUCUAGGUGUUUCAGUCUGUUCGACACUCUGUGAUGUUGGAGGGAUUGUAGCACCCUUCCUGCUCUACAGACUCGCUGUCAUCUGGCUAGAACUUCCUCUUAUCAUUUUUGGUGCUCUUGCGUUUGUGGCUGGCGGACUGGUUCUGCUGUUACCUGAAACUAAAGGUGUGCCUCUUCCAGAAACCAUCGACGACAUUGAACGUCCAAACAGAAACAAAGAAAACCAUCUGCAGAGUCAACAGCUAGAGAAUCUGAUGACUUCUGAUGUGACCAAAAACAAAGACGUUACAGCGGUUUGAGGGCGGAUACAGCAACCCAUCGUAACUUUAUUAUUAUUAUUUUUAUCUGAUGCAGCUUGUUUAUUCUCACAUGAAAAUCAAUCUGGCAAGAGAAUAAAUAAAUUGGAUCCUUUUUCAUCCUCAAAUUGUGAAUUUGGUUUAUAUAUUUAAUCAGGGACACAGUGGCUCAGU